AUGCCCGUACAGUUGCUACCGGCCUCGGCCGCCGCCUUUGCCCCCAGGGCCUCGUCUGUCAACGUCGUCCUCGGCUCCAAGGUCGAGCCGUGGCUCACCCAGACGCUCAAGCGCAUCAACCGUGUCAAGCGUCCCCUCAACAGCGUCCCUCAGCACCAAAGGUGCCUCACCGAAACCUUGUCGUCGCCCAACGCCAUCUGGACCCUCGCCUCGCUCAUGCUGCCCAAGCUCCCCGAGGUUGACAUGCCCCAAGACCCCCUCGAGAACCUCUUCAGCCACCAGUUCAUCCACGCCGAGGCAUACAUCGUCCACGUCGACAUGGUCCUGCGCAACGAGGUCGCCUUCAAGCUCACCCCCGACUCCAUCGACGCCCUCGUCGCCUACCACAAGGAAAUCUACUGCCUCGACGCAAAGGCAAACACGUACGACUGGUUGGAAAAAGAGCAGCACUGCACAAAGCUCCACGACGACUUCGUCCAGGCCGUCAACAAGUACGUCUUCCGCACCCACGUGUCCGCCCUCGAGGGCCUCGAGGAGGACGGCGCCGGCGAACUGCUCGGCGGCAAGAGCCAGGACGUCAAGUCCGGCCUCCUGGGCCUCAUGAAGCCCCUGCUGCCUCCCCCGCCCCGCGUCGUCGACGUCGUCCGCCAGCCUCCUCUCCUCCCCAGCUGCCCGGCAAGCAACCUGUGGUCGCAGCCCGGCAUGCUGCCUGCCGUCGACGCCUGGAGAGUCCUGCCGUCCAGCCCAAGCGUGGCUUCGACGUCGGCCGACUCCAUCAAUACACCGCCCCUCUGGGCCACCAUGGACAUGAGUGAUGUCCAGACGCCGUCCCCGACGCUGGCCUUUGACCAUCCGCACUCGACUGCCGGCUUCUUCUUCAGCACCGCCCCCGUCUCGGCACCCAUCCCGGCCUUGCCCUUGCCCAGCAUGCUGGCGCCCUUUCAGUGCGGAGUCAGCGCCGGCAUGGCCGGCUUUGGCUGGGAUCGGUGCCAGGAGUAUGCGACGAUAAUGUGA